UUGCUUUAAUAUUAACUGGGUUGCUUGGUUACCAGUAAUCGCAUUCUCUAGUAUUAUAACUGUAGGCUUAUACAUAGCUAGGGUCCUUUGUGUUAACAUUGACUGCACUUGAAUAGCUAGUAGGCAAUGUAGCAGAUUUAAAUCAAUGUAACCGAAAACAUUUCUUAUAAUUGAAUCAAACUGUAGCGACUGUGGAUUAGAUCAGUAGCUAAGUGCAUAGGUAAUAGCUUUAUUAGCAAUCCAGUAAGCAGUGUAACGUGAAUCGACGUUGUCUUUUAUUAAGCACUCGUACUGCUUAGAUUAUGCUUGACAAAACACGAGUUAAUGUAAAUAUAUUGAUAAUUACUUGUCGGUUUAGCUCGUUAGACCGGAUACAUCAUGUAACUGCACUGAGAUCAGUUUUAACGGUUUUGUGUUCUAGAAGACGUCACUAAAGUUGUUGAUAUUCAAAAAAAAAAAAAAACAACACACACACACAAAGCGUAGGCCUGUAGGUUAAGUGGAAAAACAGUCAUCUAACUCUCGGUCGAAGUGAAAAUUAAACCAAAAUCUCAAGGGAUCCGGUCCGCUAUGAACAGGAUGAGGGAGAGUCCCAGGAGACCGAUAAUCCUCAAGAGGAGGAAACUGCCGUUUCAGACGAAUGAUGCAGACGGGCCAGAGAGCAAAUCUGCUACAACGUCAGGAGCACGGUCUUUUCCAGACGGCAUUCGCAUCAUGGACCAUCCCACAAUGACGGACACGCAAGUGGUCGUCAUACCGAAAACCGCAGAUCUUCAGAGCGUCAUUGGUGUGCUGACCGCCAAGGGGAAGGAAUGCGGUGCGCAGGGGCCAAACAAGUUUAUCUUGCUGAGCGGAAGCAACGGGGCGGAAGAUGGAGCCGAUGCACUCGGCCGUGCCACGUCCGAGUGUACAAACAACCUCGGAACUGGAGCGUGUGUAGACGACAAAGCUCUCCUGAAGAGCAGAAUGAAACCUGAUCCAGACUGCAGUCCGUUAGAUGACAGCCUGACAAACAUCCAGUGGUUGGGGAGAAUGAACACACACGGCGCUGGUGCUGAGUCGGCAAAGAAAGAUUCCAAUAAAGAGAAUUUAGACAGCUGUGUACAGGCACAGCACACGGAGGAAGGCGCGAGUGCAGUUAAGGGCCCUAUGUCUGAAAGACCGCCUUACUCCUAUAUGGCCAUGAUCCAGUUUGCGAUCAACAGCAAGAAAAAUAAGAAGAUGACUCUGAAGGAAAUCUAUAACUGGAUAGAGGACCAUUUCCCCUACUUCCGAAAUGUAGCUAAACCGGGUUGGAAGAACUCCAUUCGCCAUAACCUCUCCUUGCACGAUAUGUUCGUCCGAGAGAGCACACCAGAUGGCAAGAGCUCCUACUGGACCAUUAAACCUGAAGCAAACCGCUGUCUCACUUUAGACCAGGUGUAUAAGCCUGCGAUUGAUCCAGCGGCCCCCUCUUACCCACAAACCAUGCAAGUCUGUUACCAACAACAACAGAAGCGAGUUAUACCCGAUCCUAAGAAAGCUACACCUUGCACCACAGAGAGGAAAAUGAAGCCUCUCCUGCCUCGUACGGACUCGUACCUAGUGCCCAUUCAGCUUCCUCUGACUCCUUCGAUCUUCUUGCCCUCCCCGGCAGCGCUCUCUCUGUGUCCGCCACAACAGCAGAGCUCCAGUCUCUCCAAUCCCAUCUCCAAAGCGGGGUGCAAGAGGCUUUGCAUAGCUCCCAAGGUCCCGAAGAGUGAAUCCAGCGUCGUCGUGACGUCUACCCCGGUUACUGAAGUGAAGGAAGAGCGCGUGUGUGAACCCAUCCGUGGCGAAUCCUGCAGCAGUGAACGGAAGGAGCUGAGCAGCUCGCGUCGUAAGCAGCGUCUAGUCCCACCUUCCAACGAAGAGCCCGUCCUGCUCUUCCCAGACAGCACUUUCUUCGACUCGGGUAUGGUCUCGGACAUCUCCGUCUUCCAGGAAGCGGAGCUCGAGGCAGAGCCGCGGUGUGAAAGCGAAAACUUUAAAACGCCAAUCAAAGGGAGCCACCUGGCUUCCUCCACCCCCAGCAAGGCGCUGGAGCCGUGGAGGAUCACGCCGCUGGGCAAAGGGAGCCGCAGCGUGCUGGAUUUCAGCCCGAUCCGCACACCGCAGCGGCACGAGCACAGCGGUUUGAGCUUCAGCAGCACGCCCUUCAAAGAGCUGCCGCUAUUCAAUUCACCCCGUGAGCUGCUCACUUCCUGUUCGCGCGAGCUCCAGACGGGCUCCGCCAACCGCUCGCUCACCGAGGGCCUCGUGCUGGACACCAUGAACGACAGCCUGAGUAAAAUCUUGGUGGACAUCAGCUUCACGGGUCUGGAGGAUGAAGACCUGUGCAUGGCCAACCUCAGCUGGUCACAGUUAAUUCCCGAGCUGACAUAAGCCACAUCUUUUUUCAGUCUAUUCAAUCUGCGCCCCUGCUUUUUCACUGCCUCAGCAUCUUUUGUUUUGGUUUGCUAAUACAUGUCAAUAUUUUACUCUGCUUUUUAUAUCUGAGCCUCAGCUACGCUCCUUUUUCGUGCAACAGCCUAUCAACCUAUCUUCAUGCGCAUAUCAGUUUAUUUUUUUGUUACUUUAUUUAAUCUCUUAGGAUUAAAGAGCAGAGCUUGAAUAACAUCGGUGUGGCUCUCCAUGCUGAAACCUGAAGCAAGACGGCUCGGACAUGACCAGCCAGUCAUAGCUCAUUUCCACACUUUAAAAACAAAACAAAACGGACCCAUUCCUAUAUAUGCUGCUCACGCUACCUUUGCUUCUUCCACAUGUGUAUUUAUCCUUUUUUUUUCUUUCCUUUUUUCAUUCUCACUGCCUUUUUUUCUUGUAUGUGUGUAACUUCCUGUCCGUUUACUGUACGUAUGUCUACUUGGAGAGUAUUUAUCACUCCAGUUCUGAAAGACGAAAUGGAGCGACGAGUGAGAGAAACCGUCGAAGGAAUGUAUUUAGGAAUUGAUUUGAUUUUGCACAACUUGUAAGAUAUAUAUGUAUGUAUAUGUAUUUUAGCUAUUCUAAAAAUGUGUAAAUGAGUACAUAGAUUUAAGCGAAUCCCCACGUAGACACUACUGCACGCGAGCUUCUUAACCCGAUGCGUCGACGGAAAGGAAAGACCUGCAAUCCAAGCUAAUCGUUUAUUUUAACAGUUAUUAUUUUUUAUUUUUUUUUGGGAUGACACAAUGAAACAAAAUCCAUAAACAAUAUAAUAUUCAGUAGCAUAGAACUGAGAUUUCUGUUUUUAUCUAAUGAUUUUAACAAUCUUUUAUUGGCUCUUGGUCGAUCUUGACUACUGUAUGGUGCAGGAAUUCUAGUUUCUCCAGGGCAGGGUGAUGCAAAGUAAAAUCAGUUUCCGGUGAGAUGUAAUGUGACGGCGAAGCGUGUCGAAAAUCGCAAGAAAUCUGGACACGACGCCGGUCCAAUCUAGGCUGCAGGUUCGUGUGAAAGGUCGAAUUGCUGCUGAAUUACGCCAGUCCUCUCAGACAAAACAUUUGCUUAAUAAUAAAUAUAUUUUUAAGUUUUGUUUGAUUUACCCAAAAGCAUUUGAUAUAAUUGAGAGGAGCAGUUGUAACAUGGUGUGCAGGAUCAUCUCUGACAUUCAGCUUUAUUUAAUAAUAUGUUUGUGCACAUCAUCCAGCCCUGGUCUCUUGCAUGCGUUGGCGUUCGAUUAAAACAUUUUUGGCUGUUUGUGGUCAUCAUUACAGUCUGUGUUUAAAAAAAAAAAAAAUGUAAAAAAUACAUAAAUAAAUA